AUGUUUUUUGACUUACAGGCUGUGAACUCAAAUGGAGAAGAGGGAGGUAAAGUAAAAUUUUAUGCGAAAAAAAACAGAAAACAGCUGUACAUUGACUCUAUCGAAACUAAAAAAUAAAGAAAACUUUCCUUUUCAACAUACAUGCACUUAAGCUUGCCUAAUAUCUACUACGAUCAAGGUCGCGAUAUAAAGAAAAAUACCAUGUAAAGCCAAAAGACUUCUUUGAAGCAGGGACGGGAAGAGGUUGAAUAUCACUAACAACUCGAAACAACCACGGUGGGACAAAUAGCCCCAUUCCGGUAAAUCGAUUCUAUCGCCAGAUGAAGUCCUGCAGUACAACCUCUAUAUACAGGUUUCCGUCUAUUGUCCUUCUCCUACGAUCACAUUUUAUCCUCAUUUCUGUAUUAUUUUAAUUAUUGUAACUGUUUGUCUCAUUUACACUUAGGUUUUCUAGCCCCUGAUGAAGGUUAACUUUGCCUAACCAAAAAAUAUUGGGCAAAUAAAAUACCCAUCCAUGGCUAUGCGAUCAGUCGUAGCUUCAAUUUCAAACAGCUGAAUUAACUAAAUGUCAUGAAAGAUAUUGUUCAUCGUGCUUAAUGUGUAUAAUAAAGGUUCGUUUAUCUUUUUUCUCACGAUUGUCCCUCAGACUUUAAUCACGAAGUUUCGACCGCGCAAAACUGCAGGACUUCAUUAGGCGAUACAGUCAAAUAAUAUAAAAAUAUAAAUGCUUAAGUAGAUUACUAGAUAGAUUAAUCUCGUUUUAACUGGAUUACAAAACACUUCGUAUUGAUUUUUAUAGAGUGUUUCGCGCCAGCCAUUGGCAUGGAGACGGGUGUAAUUCUUGAUUCCCAAAUGACCGCGUCAAGUGAACAUGAUUUCGCCAAAGUACCUUUCGUUAGGUUAAACGCAAACAUCUCUGCGUGGUGUCCCACAGGGGAUAUCGAGCUAACUGAAUGGGCUCAGGUAAAAAGAGUCAUAAAUAUUUGAUAUACAGUGAAUUAGCGUUUUGAAGCAUUCGUUUUAUAACAUACCUGAUUUACAGUGAGAAAUUUAGUUCGCUCUUCGGAUUAAGAAUGAGGAUGAACCCUGCGGAUGAACCUCCCAAACCAUCCAAGCCUCUCACAGAAAUUCUCGGGAUCUUUUUGCAUGUUUUUACUGCCAUAUAUUUAUCAACGAAUCUUAACAAAUAAAAUAUUAGAUCUUAUAUCAUAGCCUACCAGAACAUUUCUGCUGAUGCAGCCUUUAUCUUCUUUAAUAUCCCAUUCAGAUUGAUCUUGGUCGACUAUACCGAAUGUGUGCUGUAGCUACACAAGGAAAUCCCGGUGGAAACAAAGAUUAUUUGAAAGAAAUUAAACUUGGGUGGUCUAACGAUAACAUCACAUGGGAAACAAGCGCAAAG